CAUAACUGUAAGUAACGACAUACAGAUAUCACAAUGAAUCUUCAAGUGCGUUCUCAAUCACUAAGUAUUCUGGCCAUCUUAAUAACCAUGGUGAGUUUAGCAAACGGACAUGGGCGGCUGCGCGAUCCUCCAUCACGAUCUAGCCUUUGGCGAGAGGGCUUCAAAACGCCUCCCGAUUACAACGAUACGGAAGGAUUUUGUGGCGGUUAUGAAAGGCAAUGGCUAGUGAAUAAGGGCAAAUGUGGUAUUUGCGGGGAUCCAUUCGACGAAGCUGUCAAACCGCACGAGGCUCCUGGUGGAGUUUUCGCCACCGGUAUAAUAACACGCACUUACACCGAGGGACAGAUCAUUCCAGUCAAAAUUGACAUAACAGCCUUGCACAAAGGUUACUACGAGUUUCGACUUUGCGUCAAUAAUAACGUGAAGCAAGAUCCUUCUCAAGACUGUUUCAGUCAUGUGCUCCCUUUCGCCAACGGUGCCCCGUUUACCAAGUACAAUGUAGCCUCAUUGACAUCUGGCGUCGAUUUUAACACUCGGCUGCAACUUCCUCCAGGAAUAACAUGCAGUCAGUGUAUCCUACAGUGGACUUAUACGACGGGCAACCGAUGGGGGACCUGUUCUAAUGGAACUGGAGCACUCGGUUGCGGUCCCCAGGAAACAUUUCGAGCCUGCUCUGAUGUGAGGAUUCUUCCUAGAGGAGGCCUUUCAACUAGUACACCAACGAGUGAAACUGUCAGCCCAACGAUGACUCCAAUGACUCCGAUGACUUCGAUUACUACAGAACCAGCAGUAACAGCAUCUACAAUGACACCGACAAUGCCAGCGACAGCCAUUAUGACUACUGAAGCUCCGGUGACUGUGACUCAGAUGCCCAUGAUAACUAGGCCUACCCAGCUUCCCACGACCAUACCGCCCCCCAUAGUGGUUCCACCGUCAUCCGGCGACUGCACCAGUUACAUAGCUGUUCCUAGCCAACAAAUUGUAACAGGUAUGACGGAGUGGUGCAACACUAACUGUCGGCUUGGCUACUGCCCUUCCAGUCACUGCAUUUGCAUCCGAUAAAUGACUUAAUUGUUUAACAUGUACGGUACAGGGUUAUCUAGAUUUUAUUUGGGGGAGGGGGCGGUUUUACUUACGUAAAAAAAAAUGUGGGAAUAGAAAUAGUUGAUCAAUGUCAGAUUAGCAGUUUAAA